AUGUCGCUAGCGGAUCACCAGCGCGACAUUGGAGUGGGUUCGCCAACCCGACCUGGUUCAUCUUGGACCAACAGCUCUCUCUUCGCAGAUUCCGCGAUCAGUAUUAGAACGGGUACUCCGGGACCUCAGGACAAAUGCAUGAGUUCAUCUCGACCACAUGAAUCGCUCACCCAGUCUGGAAUCGCUGAUCGUCUCAACGGCCUGGUCUCCGAAAUUUGGGCUAUUGAGCAGGAUGGCGCCAUUCGUGAAGACAAGAGAAGGAAGCUCGAGAGAGCCAUGGACCAAAUUGAAGCCGCUCUAGAAGAUGAUUCGCGUUCAUCAGACGAAAGCGAUGCUGAGACAGCCCACCUUAAACAUUCGUCGACGACAGCCACCGGUGAGACCGUCGCCGAGCAUGAACUGGAAUACAUUCGAACGCGUCUAAGCUCCACCGUUCACUCGAUGUGUAUGAGACAGCAGGAACAACGCCAUCUUUACCAGUUAACAAUCGAAAAGUUGGAGGCGGUCGCACAAAGAUGUAUACAGCAGGAGAGGCGUUUGCGGGAGUUCUCCGAAGAAAUUGUGUUGUGGAAGGACAGGAAUCGACUGUUGGCCGAAGAGAACAAGAGAGUCAAAGGUCAACUUGACCAGACCCGGUCGGAGUCUGCGAAGAAGGAGAUUGCAGUCAAUGCCAUGUCGAGCGCAGUCGCUGGGUUAGAAGGAUGGAUAAAUAAUUCUCCAACACCAAAUAGAACUCCUCGACGAAUAGUAACCAGAGGGCGGGGAAGAUUUCGUGGUCGCUAUUACGUGGAUGAGCCAAUUGGAGGACCAGAAGGCCAUGGUUCUGACGGUGCUUCUGAUGUGAAGGUCCUACACGAAGGCGUGACAGCUUGGCUUCGUGGGUUUCGAGAUGUGGAGGAGGAAUUGAGAUUUUCAGAGAGCGUGAAUAAUCCUCGAUCGAAUGUGUUACAGAAUGCCCCAGAAAAUACGGAGGACGAACGGGGUGAGUUUGAGAGCGCCCCUAGGACAUGA